AUGUCGCUGAAGCAGAUUGAUCAGAACCACUUGGCAACCAAUGCUCUUACAUCUCUUGUGGAAAGAUGUAAGAACGAUCCAAAACUUUCCAACGACAAAAACAUACACAUGGUUAUCAACACAAAGAAGCCUAUAGGUCUUAAAAACGAUUAUGUUCCGCGAAUUAUUCCACUCAGCAAAUGCAGAAUGCACAAGCCUGGGGAACUGCGCAUUCUUCUCAUCACCAAGGAUCCAUCAACUCUGUAUAGGAAAACUCUGACCGAAGACCCAGCUACCUCAGACUUGUUCAAAACUGUGCUUUCCGUAAGGAAUCUUAAGGGAAAAUACCGUGGCUCCAAGCUCAACAAGCUGUUCAAAGAGUACGAUUUGGUCGUGGCAGACUACAGAGUUCACCAUUUGCUUCCCUCGAUUCUCGGAAGCGCAUUUUAUCAUAGUAAAAAGAAACUGCCGUUUAUUGUUCAAAUGGCGCGUACCGCUAAAGUCAAAGGCCAGAAACUUGCUGAUGAAUGCGACGCUUCUUACGUUCGUGCCCAAAUCAGAAGCAUUGCCAAGAACACUUUUUAUGUCCCGAACGUUGAUAAUUGUCUGAGCGUGAAAAUCGGUGAAGUUGGCGUUCACUCCGCGCAAGAAAUGGUCCACAAUAUUCAAGACGUUGUUUCGUUUCUCACCGACAAAUCUAAGAAACCGCAGGGCGGCGUCAUCAGAGGUGACAUAUCGGGUAUUUUCGUCAAGACCAGUAACAGUGUGAGCUUACCGAUUCUCAAGCUGGAAAAAAAGGCAGCCGUUGCUGAAGACGAAGAACUUCGAUUGUAA